AUGACAGAUGCUGCCUGGCUGGUAAUUCCGGUGAUGACAGGUGCCUUCAUGGACUCGUCUCUCAACGAUGACUACAGCACAGAUCACUCUCUGUUCAACUCGUCCGCCAGCGUCCACGCUGCCUCCAUGGUAGCUCACAGUCAGCCUGAGGAGUCCCAGUCCAUGUCCGGGGACGCCAUUUGGCUCUGGAUUGCCAUCACCGCCACCAUUGGGAACAUUGUAGUUGUGGGUGUCGUGUAUGCAUUCACAUUCUGAGAGUAACUAUCUGAGCCAGGAUGUUUGAGAGAACACCAGAUAUAGUU